AUGCAGGGUAAGGACCUGAGCCUCGUCUCCCCGCUGAUGCUCGGCAUCUUCAUCUCCCGCGGCGUCUCGAAGGCCAUCAACAAGCUCAGCUACGACGAGGCCCUGAUGCUGAAGAAGGGCGUGCCGUUCCUGGAGGCGGACCUGCCCCACGAGAUGGACCGCCACGAGGUCGUCGCCGGCGACAUCUGCGACAGCCUGCCCUCCGUGGCGCUGCUGCCGCCCGAGGCGCCGGUUCGCAAGGUGCAGCUGGCGCUGCAGCGCUGGGAGGUCGCCAACUUCCCGGUCGUCAGCUCCGGGGUGUGCAUAGGACUCGUGUCGCGAGCGCGGCUGGAGGCGGCGAUGAGGGCGCGGGGGGCGCUGCUGACCAAGGAGAGCGCGCCGGACAGGGUCCUCGAGCCCGACGACAUCGCCGUCGCGCUGGGCGACCGGUGCGAGACCGAGGAGGAGGACGACCUCGACACGCUGAUAGAAGGCAUCGGCGGCAGCAGGAGCCUGCACGGCCCGAGCGCCGGCAAGGACAAGGGCCUGCAGGGCCUGACCGAGGCCGCCGAGGCAGGUGCUUGCGCGGUCCACGGCGAUGCAGGUGAUCCUUCGGACAAGGUCGUGCCCAUGACGCCCGACGGCCCCGUUGCCUUCGGGGGCCACUUCUACGACGAGUUCGCCGACCUCCGCCUCCAGGGCGCGGUGUCCUCCCUGAGUUCCGCGCGGGCCUCGGCCGAGCACGGCGCCGCGUCCGGCGCCAACGGGUCGGCCCGCGGGGACUGCUCGUACUGCCGCACGGUGACGGACUGCUACCGGUACCCGUCCACGUGCAGAGGCUGCCAGAUCUGCUCGCAGGUCGGCGGCGACGUCCGGCUCGCGUGCCCCUCGUACUGCUCCACGCCGCGCGACUGCGUGACCCUGAGGAGCACGUGCACGCCCGAGCGCUGCUCGCACUGCGGCGGCUCCGGGGGCAGCGGCGGAGGCGGCGGAGGAGGAACCCGCCCUGGUGGUGACGCUGAGGCGGUCGACAGGCUCAUGGCCGAGCUUGACGAACUCGUCGGCCUCGACAAGGUAAAAGACCAGAUGAAGGAGCUCGUGGCCCAGGUGAAAUUCAACAUGGAGCGCGAACGCCUCGGGCUGCCGGACAUCGGCGGGCAGUCCCUCCACAUGUCUUUCUUGGGGAACCCCGGCACGGGGAAGACCGUCGUGGCGCGCAUCGUCGGGGAGCUCAUGGUGGCCAUGGGGGCCAUCAAGCCGGCCGGGGGCAGGAAGGAGAAGGACGACAUCGUGGUGGAGGUGAGCCGCGCCGACCUCGUGGCCGAGUACACGGGGCAGACAGCGCCGAAGGUGAAGCAGGCCGUGCAGAAGGCCCUGGGAGGAGUGCUCUUCAUCGACGAGGCGUACGCGCUGGUGCAGGGGGAUCGCGACUCCUUCGGGAACGAGGCCGUGGACACGCUGAUCAAGGAAAUGGAGGACAACCGCGACAAGCUGAUCGUGAUCCUCGCAGGGUACCAGACGGAGAUGGCGACGUUCCUGGCCGCGAACCCGGGCUUCAAGUCCCGCGUGGCGUUCCACUUCGCGUUCCCCGACUACACCUGCGACGAGCUGGUGCAGAUCGGAGAGCUGCUGCUCUCGAAGAAGAACGUGGGCAUCGUCCCCGAGCCGCCCACGGACGGCCAGGCGUCCGCCUGCUACCCGCCCGCGGGCGUGCCCGUGCCCGCCUCCUGCGGCUGGCUGCGGUCGGGGGUGCGGCUGCGCACCGGGUGCUGCGAGACGAAGGAGCCGAGGUGGGGACUUGCCGAUCACCACUGCCUGGAGCAUCUCAGAGCGUGA